GGAUGGCAGGUGUCACAGCCCGGCGGCGGCCGACAAUGGGCUGCUCGGAGCUGCUGCUGCUGGCGUUGUGCGCCGCGGGUGCCCGAGCGCUUUACUUCCACAUUGGCGAGACGGAGAAGCGCUGCUUCAUCGAGGAGAUCCCUGACGAGACCAUGGUCAUCGGGAACUAUCGCACCCAGAUGUGGGAUAAGCAAAAAGAGGCGUACCUGCUCUCCACGCCUGGCCUGGGGAUGCACGUAGAAGUGAAGGACCCCGAAGGGAAGGUGGUGCUCUCGCGGCAGUAUGGCUCAGAGGGCCGGUUCACUUUCACGUCCCAUACUCCUGGUGACCAUCAGAUCUGCCUGCAUUCCAACUCUACCAGAGUGGCUCUCUUUGCUGGUGGAAGACUGCGUGUGCACCUAGACAUCCAGGUUGGAGAACAUGCCAACAAUUACCCUGAGAUUGCUGCCAAGGAUAAACUGACAGAGCUGCAGCUCCGAGCCCGCCAGCUGCUUGAUCAAGUGGAACAGAUCCAGAAGGAGCAAGAUUACCAGCGGUAUCGUGAAGAACGCUUCCGUCUGACCAGCGAGAGCACCAACCAGAGGGUCCUGUGGUGGUCCAUUGCUCAGACCGUCAUCCUCAUUCUCACUGGCAUCUGGCAGAUGCGUCACCUCAAGAGUUUCUUUGAGGCCAAGAAGCUGGUGUGAUCACCUCUUUCCAUAUGCCCCUCCUUCGAUCACCUCCAUACUUUAGCCACCUGGAUUUUGAGGCAGGGAGGUGGGGGAAGGAGGGCAAGGGAUGAAAAAAAAUAACGUAAGCCACAUUGGUUCCGUUGCAACAACCAUUCAAAUCAACUAUGUGCUGAUAAUAAUUCUCAUAAACAUGGGACAUUGGUCAAAGAUUUCAAAAUGCUGUUUCAGGAUUUAUGAAGAGUCUGAAUUGACCCAGGACUGAGUUUUACUUCUUUUACAUCCAGUCAUACUCCUUUGCCCUUUAAAAAAUGAACAAAUGAAAAAUCUUUUCUACUCUGUUCAUCUAUUUAUACAGUAGGUGACUAGAGGACCUACUAAAAAGGUCCCUGAUCACCACUCCCUAAUCAGUCCUGGGUUCACUCAGUUACAGUAAAUGUAAAUAAGGGUCAGAUCGUUGGCCCCACAGGAUUGAUUUUUUUUCCUAUCAGAACUAUUUUUUGAUAAAUUAUAUAUUUUCCUUCCUAGUUGAAAUGCUGCCUGUUUGUAUAGCUGCAAACACUAAUACAGUCUGUUCUGCAUUAUAUGUUUAUCUGUACAUUUUUGAUAACUACCAUAGCAGUUCAGUGGUCUAUGGGCCAGAAUGCAGGCAUCACAGCUGUUGGCAGUGCCUUAUCAGCGGACGAAGCACAGCAUCUCUUAGGUACUCGUGAUUUCCAUCGCAUAGAUCGCCUCCAAGUAAAAGGUGAAGUGAUGACACUUGAAGAGCUAGCAGAAAACUGUAUUCUCACUUCCAUUUAAUUUUUUUUAGAGUAUAAAUGUUUUCUUAGUGACCAGAUUUGAUUCUUUAUCUAGAUGUUUCCAGUGAAAUAAAAUGUGUUGUAAUA